AUGGCUUCGAAGUUGGAGGGAGCUGGCCCAGACGAGGCAGAUGUCAUCGCAGACCUGCCGGCGGAAGAGAAAGAGGAGACCGAGGCACAGAAGACCCAGCGCAAGGCCAAGGAGAGGAAGGAGGGCCUAAAAGAGUGGGGUGGAAGUGCAUCCGUGGCCAAGCUGCUCUCGCUCGCCACGUGGACGGACUUUCUGAUUCUUGCAAUCGGAUUCCUCGGGGCAGUGGCGCAUGGUGCUGGUCAGCCUUUCUACAAGUCGAGGUUCGGUGACCUCAUCGAUGGUCUGGGCUCGACCAUGUUCGCUGAGUUCGACACGACUUCAUUUAUGAACAUGUCUGCUGCUGACCAAGCUUCCAUGAUGGAGGCCAUGUCUCAACAAGCAAAUGAGUUGAUGCUGGAGAGUGUGGGCGACACCGCCAUCAAGUUCAUCUUGAUCGGCUGCGGCGUAUGCGCUGCAGCCACCCUGCAGGGCUUCUCGUUCGCUUACUUCGUCGACAACCAGGUGAAGAAGAUGAGGCCAAUGUACUUCGAUGCAAUGCUCCACCAGGAUGUUGGUUGGUUCGACACCCACAGCCCGGGAGCUCUCGCAGGUGAGAUGACUGCAGAUCUGGAAGCUUUCCACGAAGCCUUUGGGACGAAGCUUGGGGUGUCGAUCAUGUCCUCCUCGGGCCUCAUCACUGGCUUGGCUGUGGGCUUCUUCUUGUCCUGGGAGAUCGCCCUCCUCAUGCUCGCCACGCUGCCCCUAAUGUCCGCCGGCGCGUUCCUCAUGGGACAGGCCGUCCUGGAUGCCGUGCAAGAGGUCCAGGGGCCCUACGAGAAGGCGGCGGCCCUGGCCGAUGAGAUGCUCUUUGCCAUCCGCACCGUCGUCGCCUUUGGGGGCGAGGCUCGCGAGAUCCGUCGAUAUUCUGAUGCAGUGUCCUCCGCGUCCAAAGGAGGCCUCCGGAACAGAAUCAAGAUGGGCCUCGGCAUGGGCUAUAUCUGGUUCGUUUACUUUGCGGCGAUGGCUUUGGCAUUCUGGUUCGCGAUGACGCUGAUGACUGGUGGCAAGGAGGAUCUUACCUCCGGACGAGUUAUGGCUGCUUUCACUUGCGUCCUCACGAGCGGCUUCAUGAUCGGCAACAUCGCGCCCGGCUUUGCCAACAUCGCGGCGGCAAAGGUGUCCAUGGCCCGUUUCUUCUACUUGGUGAACCGUGAGUCGACGAUUCAGAAGAGAGUGCGUGAUGACCGUGAAGUCAUCGGCCCCAUCGAGACGCUUCAAUUGGAGGACGUGCACUUUGCCUACCCCGCGCGCCCGGAGAUCACAGUACUGCAUGGCCUCUCUCUCACGAUUCAGAAGGGCAAGAAGGUGGCUGUCGUGGGAGAGUCGGGCAGCGGGAAGAGCACCAUCAUGGCGCUGCUGGAGCGCUUCUACGACCCCUCGGAGGGCAAAGUGCUCGUGAAUGGGAAGGAUCUGAGGAGCAUCAACGUUCAGUCUUACCGCAAGCAGAUCGGCUACGUUGGCCAGGAGCCGGUCCUCUUCGCCACCAGCGUGCGCGAGAACAUCCUGCAAGGCAGCAGUGGUGCGUCCGAAGAGGACUUCGAGGCAGCUGCCAAGCAGGCCAUUAGGGGUUUAGGGUUUAGGGUUUAG